CACACUGCUCCUGGAGAAGCCCUCAUGUUGCUUCGCAUGUAGAGGAAAAUGCUCUGGGUCACCUCCAGCGGGGGAUCCAGUCCUUUUCAGCGGGAAUAGGACGACUCUCGACGCCGUUUCAGGAGGACCAGACGCCGGAUAACUAUCCUCAACACCCCCGCCACCAUGGAUCUCUCCUUCAUGGCAGCGCAGAUCCCAGUGAUGACAGGCGCCUUCAUGGACUCGUCUCUUAAUGAUGACUACAGCACCGACCACUCUCUGUUCAACUCAUCUGCUAGCGUCCAUGCUGCCUCUAUGGCAGCACAUGGCCAGCCUGAGGAGUCCCAGUCCAUGUCCGGGGAUGCCAUUUGGCUCUGGAUCGCAAUCACUGCCACUAUUGGGAACAUUGUAGUUGUGGGCGUCGUGUACGCGUUUACAUUCUGA